CACAGAUUGUAAGAACAGCUGAGGAGCUAACUGAUCGAACAGUGAAAAUUCGAGGAGAUUUUUUCUCCGAUUGAAAAUGGGAGAUGGAAACACCAAUCAGAGCAGCAGUAGAGCUGGGAAUUCGAACUCGAUGAGCGGUAAUAACAACACUAGUGGCAAUGGAAAUCGUCCGGAGUGGUUGCAGCAGUACGAUUUGAACGGGAAGAUAGGCGAGGGGACGUACGGAUUGGUUUUCUUGGCGAGAAUCAAGUCUAAUCGCAGUAAAUCGAUCGCUAUCAAAAAAUUCAAGCAGUCAAAGGACGGUGACGGCGUCUCCCCUACCGCCAUCCGCGAAAUCAUGUUGCUUCGGGAGAUAAACCACGAGAAUGUGGUAAAGCUUGUGAAUGUGCACAUCAAUCAUGCAGAUAUGUCACUGUAUUUGGCUUUUGAUUAUGCUGAGCAUGAUCUUUAUGAAAUUAUUAGACAUCACAGAGACAAGGUUAACCAAUCGAUUAAUCAAUAUACUAUCAAGUCAUUGUUGUGGCAACUGCUUAAUGGUCUAAAUUAUCUUCACAGUAAUUGGAUUGUGCACCGAGAUCUAAAACCAUCAAAUAUCCUGGUAAUGGGUGAGGGCGAAGAACACGGAGUUGUUAAAAUUGCUGAUUUUGGACUUGCAAGGAUUUACCAAAGCCCAUUAAAGGCUUUAUCCGACAAUGGGGUUGUGGUAACUAUCUGGUAUCGUGCACCUGAAUUACUGCUUGGGGCGAAACACUACACUAGUGCUGUUGACAUGUGGGCUGUUGGCUGCAUAUUUGCUGAGCUUCUGACUCUUAAACCUCUAUUCCAAGGACAAGAAGUGAAAGGGACACCAAACCCAUUUCAACUUGACCAACUUGACAAGAUAUUUAAGGUCCUAGGUCAUCCCACGCAAGAGAAGUGGCCAACCCUUGUCAAUCUCCCACAUUGGCAGGCGGAUGUGCAACAAAUUCAAGGGCGUAAAUAUGAAAAUGCUGGGCUCUACAGUGUUGUUCAUCUCUCUCCAAAAAAUCCUGCCUAUGAUCUCCUCUCAAAGAUGCUCGAAUAUGAUCCACGAAAACGGAUUACAGCAGCUCAGGCUCUUGAGCAUGAGUAUUUCCGGAUGGAACCUUUGCCAGGUCGCAAUGCGCUUGUGCCACCACAGCCUGGAGAAAAAGUUGUAAACUAUCCUAAUCGGCCAGUAGACACAACUACUGAUUUUGAAGGAACAAUUAGUCUUCAACCUUCUCAACCGGCAUCAUCAGGAAAUGCAGUAUCUGGGGGCAUGCCCGGUCCUCAUGUGAUGACAACAAGAUCUGUUCCCCGCCCUAUGCCUAUGGGCAUGCCACGGCUCCAACCUCAAGGAAUGGCUGCUUAUAAUCUUACUUCUCAGGCUGGAAUGGGUGGUGGGAUGAAUCCUGGUGCCAUGCCUAUGCAGCGAGGUGUUGCUGCCCAGGCUCAUCAGCAGCAGCAGAUUAGGAGAAAGGACCCAGCAGGAAUGACGGGAUAUCCUCCACAAAAAAAUUCAAGACGCUUCUGAGAUACUAGGGUUUUUGAUUCUUGUCAUGUAACGGGUGUACAAGCUACUAACAAAUGAUAGAAUGGUAUUGUGAUGUUAUUUUGAUUGCUAAUUAUAACACAAGAAAAAGAGAGCAGCAUCCAAAGCUGCCGAGCAAAGAAAUUGAUCGGGGCCUUUUGAUUUAGGGGAGCUCCAUCUCUGUGUAUAGAUAGUACUUCAAGAAAAGAGAUUUUACUGAUGCCCAGAGAAGGCAUCUUAGACUCAUAAGUAGAGUUCUUUUCUGGUGUAUUGACCGAGUAGGAAUGUAUAUUUACCAGUUUAUCAUCACACGCCACUGUCAUAGGUCUAGUAAUUUGAGUCCUCUUAUGUAGAAAGAAAUAUUUAUUGCAUAUCAUAUAAUGAGCACUAUUAGCCAUUACCCAUAUUCAGCUUAACUGAUAUGUUUCUUCAUUUCCCAUGUAACUAGUUUCCAUCACUGAAUACAAUCUGUUAUUGAUCAUCUAAAACUACGUGCUUCCUGCCGAAUUUUUCAUGCAUCA